AUGGUCCAGACUACUGCAAGAAGACCAUCCCUAAGUGGGUCAACUUCGAAUGAUCUAAUUACUGAGGAGCCAUUCAAACCUCGUAGUUUAGCGCGGCGUCUUACUGGGUUUUUACCUCAAGAGAUUAAAUCUAUUGAUUCUGUGAUUCCAUUACAAUCGAGAGAAUUAUGGAAGAAGCAUGAGGUGAAGAAGUUUAAUAAUGGAGAUGAGUUUCAGAGAAAGUUCAUCCAGCAUGUUGAGACGACUCUUGCGAGGUCUUUGUAUAAUUGUGAUGAAUUAGCUGCCUAUGAGGCAGCUUCAGAAUCAGUGAGGGACAAUCUUAUUAUUGAUUGGAAUAAGACACAACAGCGGGUGACUGCCAGAGACCCUAAGAGGGUUUAUUAUUUGUCACUAGAGUUUUUGAUGGGUCGUGCUUUGGAUAAUGCGUUGAUUAAUAUCAACACAGGGGACGAGGGUGAUGAGACAUCACGUGAGAUGAUUUCUGACGCAGUUGAACAACUUGGAUUUAGAUUAGAGGAUGUUUUGGAUCAGGAACCAGAUGCUGCUUUAGGCAAUGGUGGUCUUGGUCGUCUUGCUGCUUGUUUUGUUGAUUCCUUAGCUACUGGGAAUUAUCCAGCGUGGGGGUACGGUUUACGGUAUCAAUAUGGGAUCUUUGCCCAAAAGAUUAUCGAUGGCUAUCAAGUGGAGACGCCAGAUUAUUGGCUGAACUUGCGGAACCCUUGGGAAAUUGAGAGAUCUGAGAUCCAGGUACGUAUAAGCUAUUAUGGCCAUGUACACAGAGAACAAGGAUCUUCGACGUUAUCUCCAAGUUCAUGGAUUGGCGGAGAGCAAGUUUUGGCGGUGGCUUAUGAUAUGCCCGUUCCUGGGUUCAAGACUACAACUGUAAACAACUUGCGGUUAUGGUCUGCGAAGCCCACAACGGAGUUUGACUUUGCAAAGUUUAAUGAUGGAGAUUACACUAAUUCUGUAAUUGACCAACAACGAGCAGAGUCUAUUACUGCGGUUUUGUAUCCUAAUGACAACUUUGAGAGCGGGAAGGAAUUGCGAUUAAGACAACAGUACUUUUGGUGUGCAGCAUCGUUGCAUGAUAUCUUACGUCGGUUUAAAAAGUCUCGCAAACCAUGGAAAGAAUUACCUGACCAAGUUGCUAUUCAACUUAACGAUACGCACCCAACUCUCGCCGUAGUGGAGUUGCAACGUAUUCUCGUGGAUUUGGAGAAGCUAGAUUGGCAUGAGGCUUGGGAAAUUGUGACCCGCACGUUCUCAUAUACCAACCAUACGGUGAUGCAAGAGGCAUUGGAGAAGUGGCCUGUUGGGCUCAUUGGCCAUUUGCUCCCUCGUCACUUAGAAAUUAUUUAUGAUAUCAAUUGGUUCUUCUUGCACGACGUCGAGAAGAAGUUCCCUAAAGAUGUGGACUUGCUAUCUAGAAUUUCAAUCAUUGAGGAAUCAUCUCCGGGACGUCAAGUGAGGAUGGCCCAUUUGGCGAUUGUGGGUUCACAUAAGGUCAACGGUGUUGCUGAAUUGCACACAGAGUUGAUAAAAACGACCAUCUUUCAAGACUUUGUGAAUAUCUACGGUGCCGGUAAGUUUACUAACGUGACGAACGGUAUCACACCACGGCGUUGGCUGCGCCAAGCGAACCCCCAAUUGGCGCAACUCAUUUCGGAGACUCUAGAGGACAAGAGCGACCGUUAUUUGCUAGAAAUGUCAAGGCUUACUGGACUGGCAAAGUAUGCAGACGACCUAGAGUUCCAGAAGCGCUGGGAUGACGUCAAGUACCAUAACAAGGUGCGUUUAGCAGAUCUAUUAUGCCGCCUGAACGGAGGGGUAGAUGUGAUAAGCCGUGACCACAUACGCGACACAUUGUUCGACAUACAGGUGAAGCGUAUCCAUGAGUACAAACGCCAACAGUUAAAUAUAUUUGGCGUAAUUCACCGGUACUUGUCCAUGAAAGAAAUGCUUGCCGAGGGGGCCUCAAUCCAGCAGGUCGCUGCAAAAUAUCCUCGCAAGGUCUCAUUCUUUGGCGGCAAGUCCGCACCGGGCUACUAUAUGGCUAAACUGAUUAUCCAUCUGAUUAAUUCCGUUGCAGCAGUAGUAAACAAUGACCGAGAAAUCGCCGAUUUGUUAAAAGUGGUCUUUGUCGCGGAUUACAACGUCUCCAAAGCUGAGGUACUUAUCCCAGCCUCGGACCUGAGCCAGCACAUCUCUACUGCCGGUACCGAAGCUUCAGGUACCUCAAACAUGAAGUUUGUAAUGAACGGUGGUCUGAUCAUCGGCACCGUGGACGGUGCAAAUGUCGAAAUUACAAGAGAAAUUGGAGAGGAAAACAUAUUCCUAUUCGGCAAUUUGGCAGAGGACGUUGAAGAAUUGCGUUAUAAGCAUCGUUACCACAAUGUCCCAUUACCAGAAACGCUUUCGCGCGUUUUGUCCGUUUUGGAAUCGGGCGCCUUCUCCCCAGAGAACGUAUCUGAAUUCCAGCCCUUGGUAGACGCAGUACGUCAGCAUGGCGACUACUACCUGAUUAGCGAUGACUUCGAGUCCUACCUGGCGUCGCUAGCCCUCGUUGAUGAUGUCUACCACAACCAACGCUCCACGUGGCUACGCAAGUCUAUUCUCUCUGUUGCUAACGUCGGAUUCUUCAGUAGCGACCGUUGCAUCGAAGAAUAUGCAGAAACCGUAUGGAACGUGGAACCAAUACGGGAGACCUGA